ACGUUGUCCACCAUUUCACCAAGGGGGAGGAAAAAUCCGGCCGGGCGGAGGGGCGCUCUAGGCCUCUCCGUCUCUAUGGCCUCCCUGCCCUCAAGCGGCCUUUUUUGCCCGAAGGGUCCCGCCCAAGCUCGCUCUAUGGAAGACGCGCGGGGAAGGAGCGACGUCUGGUGGCGACGUCGUGUGCGUGCGUGGGAACGCCGUCGCUCCCAGAAUCCUUUUCUGUUCCAAGAUGGCGGCAGCUUCCUCUUUGCGGUGAGGUCGGAGGAGGCGAAAGUGGUUGGGCGACAGCUGAGGGGAGAAAAAUACAUUAGCGAGAAAGUCCUGAAAGGAGAGAGCUGCCCCACCCACCGCUCCCUGCCGAAGAAGCCAUGGCCGCAGUGGUGGCCAAACGCGAAGGCCCCCAGUUCAUCAGCGAAGCGGCUGUCCGGGGAAAUGCAGCCAUCCUGGAUUAUUGCAGGACGUCCGUCUCCGCUCUCUCGGGAGCCACCGCCGGCAUUCUCGGCCUCAACGGCCUCUACGGCUUCAUCUUCUACUUCCUGGCGUCCGUCUUACUCUCGGUGCUUCUGGUGCUGAAAGCCGGACGGCGAUGGAGCAAAUAUUUUAAAUCCCGAAGGCCUCUCUUUACCGGAGGACUGAUCGGGGGCUUAUUCACAUAUAUUCUCUUCUGGACUUUCCUCUAUGGCAUGGUACACGUUUACUAGGCGGAGGAAGGAGGCAUCCUAGUCAGAACAAGCUCUUGAGGAGAGACGAGCCCGCUCAUCUCGGUUGCCCUAGAGCCGGGGUAUCCUGGCCCAUCGCUUGCACUCUUCACACAUGCUCCCUAACACAUGUCAGAAAGGCAAGCCCGCUAACGAAACAGAAUGUGAAACGCUGCCCUCCCCUUCAGAUUUUAAAAAUGGCUUGUAAAUUAACCCAUCCUCCAUGUCCGGAGGGACGGUCCCAAUUCUUCUUCUCGGUUUAUCUUUCUCGCCGCCAAGCUGCUAGAUACUCUGCCCUUAACCCCCUUAGCCCAACUCUUUUGGAGACUUUCAUUGCUUGUGUAACCAGAUCUACUAUUUUGGAGAGGA